GUUUUUUUUUUUUUUUUUGGUGUGUAGUGUACCGAUAUCACCUCACAAAUCUCAAUCAGAUUCACAUCACCGUCAUCAUCACGACCGUUUCCGUCUUCCGAACCUAUCCUCCCAUCUGUCCUUCGAACUCCACAAACUUCCGACCCUCAAUCGCUGCCGAUCUUCGCUGCUUCCGACGCUAGUAUUCCGACUUCGACGGCUGACUUCCAUCUUCGGCCUCAGUUGUUCAGGUCGUUGUUGAAUUUGAAUUCCCCCUUGUUUUUCUUUCAAGAUUUUACCGGAUGAGACUUCUCUGUGCUUUAGCUUAGCUUGGAUGUUGUAGUUGACUUUGGAGGGAUUGGUGGUUACUUGGUCCUUGUUGGCUAUGUGGGUUGCCCUCUAUUGGAAUCAUGGAGGCGUGGGUGUACUGUUUCUCGACUUUUGGGGAAGAAGCGAGGCUGAUUAAAUCAAACUCUGCGCUGUUAAUUUGAUGCUGCAUCUUAAUUUCACAGUUUAUAUUACCUUGUUAAAUUUUUGGAUUCGUUGAUAGACUGGGACAAUUCGGUUGCGAUUAUGGAAGCUAGAUCUGGCCCAGAAGCUUUUCACUUUUAUGGAAUUGGUUCAUCGGAUUUGCGGGGAGUGGGGAAGAGGUCUGUUGAAUGGGAUUUGAACAAUUGGAAAUGGGAUGGAGAUCUUUUUAUAGCUAGCCCACUGACACCAGUACCAGAAGAUAGCGUAGGCCGACAAUUAUUCCCUCUUGGGUCUGGGAUCCCCAUGGCCGGAGGGUCCUCCAACAGUUCUUCCUCUUGCUCGGAUGAAGUAAAUCUUGGGAUUGACAAGCGGAAGAAGGAAGGAGAAAGGAAAAGGAGGGUUAUUGUGGUGGAAGAUGACAGCUUGAAUGAGGGUGCAGGUGGCCUUAGCUUAAAGCUUGGGGGCCAUGACUCUCCAAUUGCUGAUAGGGAGAUGGCAAAUUGGGAAGGAAUGAAUGGAAAGAAAACCAGAUUAGCUGGAGGUGCUUCAAAUCGAGCUGUCUGUCAGGUGGAGGACUGUGGCGCGGAUCUGAGCAGUGCUAAGGAUUAUCAUAGGCGCCAUAAGGUUUGUGAGAUGCACUCAAAGGCCAGUAGGGCACUUGUGGGGAAUGUAAUGCAGCGGUUCUGUCAGCAAUGUAGUCGGUUUCACAUCCUUCAGGAGUUUGAUGAAGGAAAGAGAAGUUGUCGAAGACGCUUGGCGGGUCACAAUAAAAGGAGGAGGAAAACAAAUAAUGAUGCUGUUCCUAAUGGCAGUUCAAUAAACGAUGAUCAGACAAGUAGUUACCUGUUGAUUACAUUGUUGAAGAUACUUUCAAAUAUGCAUUCUAGCAGGUCAAAUCAGACCACGGAUCAGGAUCUGCUGUCUCAUCUUCUAAAGAGCCUAGCUAGUCAAAAUGGUGAACAUGAAACCAAGAGCUUGUCUAACCUUUUGCGGGAACCAGAGAAUUUGUUGAAAGAAGGAAGUUCUCCUGGGAAGUCGGAUAUGGUUUCUGCUUUAUUCUCACAUGGUUCUCAAGGCUCUCCAACUGUUAUAAGACAACCGCAAACAAUAUCUAUGAGUGAAAUUCAACAUCAAGGGAUGCAUGAUGCUGGGGCUGCUGAUCAACAGACUGUGUCUUCUACUAAACCUAGCAUUACAAACAGUCCUCCAGUUUACUCAGAAGCCAGGGACAGUGUUGCUGGACAGGUCAAGAUGAAUAAUUUUGAUUUGAAUGACAUAUAUAUUGACUCAGAUGAUGGCAUAGAAGAUAUUGAAAGAUUGCCUGUCUCUGCAAACAUUGGGGCUAGUUCUCUUGAUUAUCAGUGGGCACAACAAGACUCUCAUCAAUCAAGCCCGCCUCAGACAAGUGGAAAUUCAGAUUCUGCAUCUGCCCAGUCCCCUUCUAGUUCAAGUGGAGAAGCUCAGAGCCGCACAGAUCGAAUUGUUUUGAAGCUCUUUGGUAAAGAACCAAAUGAUUUUCCUCUUGUACUUAGAGCACAGAUUCUUGACUGGUUGUCCCACAGUCCUACUGACAUUGAGAGCUACAUACGGCCUGGAUGUAUUGUUUUGACUAUUUAUCUGCGUCAGACAGAGGCUGUAUGGGAGGAGCUUUGCUAUGAUCUUACAUCAAGUUUGAAUAGGCUUAUUGAUGUCUCAGAUGGUGACUUUUGGAGAACUGGAUGGGUUUACACAAGAGUGCAGCAUCAGAUAGCCUUCAUUUUCAAUGGUCAGGUUGUCAUAGAUAAAUCCUUACCUUUAAGAAGUAAGAAUUAUGGUAAGAUUGUGAGUGUUAGUCCGAUUGCUGUACCAGCAUUCAAAACAGCUCAAUUUUCAGUCAAGGGUAUGAAUCUGAUUCGGCCAGCCACUAGGUUAUUAUGUGCUCUAGAAGGGAAAUAUGUGGUUUGUGAAGAUGCUCAGGAGCCAACGGAGCAGUGCUCCAAAGAGCUUGAUGAGCUCCAGUGCAUCCAAUUUUCAUGUUCUGUUCCUGUGAUGAAUGGAAGAGGAUUUAUUGAGAUUGAGGACCAGGGCUUGAGCAGCAGCUUUUUUCCUUUCAUAGUCACAGAAGAGGAUGUUUGCUCAGAAAUUUGUGCACUUGAGCCUCUACUAGAAUCAAGCAAAGCUGAUUCUGAUAUUGGAGGAUCUGGAAAAUUUAUGGCCACAAGUCAAGCCAUGGAUUUUAUUCAUGAAAUGGGUUGGCUUCUCCAUAGGAGCCAAUUGAAAUCUAGGAUGGUUCAUCUAAACUCUAAUGUUGAUCCUUUUCCAUUAAAACGGUUCAAGCAGCUCAUGGAGUACUCUAUGGACCAUGAUUGGUGUGCGGUGGUGAAGAAACUAUUGAACCUUUUACUUGAUGGAACGGUGGAUGCAGGGGAUCACCCAUCUCUAUAUUUGGCACUUUCAGAGAUGGGUCUCCUCCAUAAAGCUGUAAGGAGAAAUAGCAGGCAGUUGGUGGAGUUGCUUUUGAGAUAUGUUCCCGGGAAAAUUGCUGAUGAACUAGGACCUGAAAACAAGUCACUAGCUGAUGUUGGGAACCAGAGCUUCUUGUUUAGACCUGACAUUGUUGGCCCUGCAGGCUUGACACCACUUCAUAUUGCAGCUGGGAAAGAUGGUUCCGAGGAUGUAUUGGAUGCUUUAACUAAUGAUCCUUGCAUGGUAGGAAUUGAAGCAUGGAAGAGUGCUCGUGACAGCACAGGAUUUACGCCUGAAGAUUAUGCACGCUUACGUGGUCAUUAUGCAUACAUUCACUUGCUUCAGAAGAAAAUCAACAAGAGACAAGCAGCAGCAGCAUCUCACGUGUUGGUAGAUAUCCCCGGCAAUCUGAAUGAUUCUAGCAUGAAUCAGAAGCAAACUGAGUCUUCCACUAGCUUGGAGAUCGGAAAGGCAGAAGGAAGCCGUGUGCAAGGGCAUUGCAAACUUUGCGACCAUAAAUUGUCUUAUAGGACUGCAGUUGGAAGGUCUUUAGUGUACAAACCUGCCAUGCUCUCAAUGGUGGCCGUAGCAGCAGUGUGUGUCUGCGUGGCCCUUCUGUUCAAAAGCUCACCUGAAGUUCUGUACGUGUUCCAACCCUUCAGGUGGGAAUCGCUGGAUUUCGGAACAAGCUGAGGUUCAUUAACUUUGUAAUUUUUACAUGAUGUAUUAGGACGUGUUCAUCAACUGUAUGAAUCUGAUUUCCUUUAGGAAUUGUGCUUUGUAUUGGCUAAAUCGUGCAUUGUUAUUUACAUUAAUAUUAUGACCCGUCAAUGUACUCGAGCAAUGUAUGUCGAUGUUGCAUUUCUUAUGAAUCUCUGUUUAGUAUCA